AUGAGGAAUUUCGAUUACGGGAGUGACGAGUCGAAGAAGGGUGGAGAACGCGAUGCUUCUGUGAGUGGAGAACGCGAUGCUUCUGUGAGUUUGUCAUCGCCGGAGAGAUCGAGGAUCCGUAAAAGCGUUGAAGGGAUAUCGAUGUUGGCAUCUAUAGAGGCGUCGAAGGCGUCGAAGACAAGGCGGGGAACUUCAUAUGGGUCGCCUGCGUCAUCUCCGGAGAAGACCACGAGGCGGGGAACUUCAUAUGGGUCGCCAUCUCCGGAGAAGGCCACGAGAGAAGAAUGGCCAGAGUCUGAGAUGUUGGCAUCAGCAGUUGCGAAGAAGACAAGGCGGGGAACUUCAUAUGGUGGGUCGCCUGUGUCUCCUAGACAAUCGAAGAAGCAGAAGAUUGUGGUAAAUGAAGAAGAGGAAUUUGGGGAUAUAGGUGAUGAUGGUAGGGAAGAUGAGAACGGUAUUGCUGGCAUUGAGGAAGUUGGUUGUACAGAUUUGAGUCUUUAUUUUGGUGAUAAAGCAAAAAAUGAUGACUGUGAGGUUGAUGAAGACGAAGGGGAUGAUGAUGCAUGGGAUGAUGAUAAAAUCCCCGAUCCUGUGUCAUCAGAUGAUGAGAAUGAAGAGGAGAUGAUACCUGUGCAAGCUUACCGAGAAGACAAUGAUCCAUAG